AUGGCAUCAAACACAAGGUUAUCCGUAUCUAUCAUUGAUCUUUCAUCAUCAAAAACUCAUCCAACAAAUGAAAAUGAACUUCAACCAAAUGUUUAUUCAACGCAAUCUCCUUCUGUUGAAACAAUUAUUCCAAAUUUAGUCAAUAAAUCAAAUCAGACUUCUCCGCAAGUCUCUCUUGAAUCACAAUAUGCAGUGUCAGGAUCUGGUCUAAGUCGAACAUCAAUAGUACAUGCAUUACGAACACUCGUAUCAUCUAAAAGUCGACGAGGUAGUUUAACUGAUGAUUUGUCUCAACGACGAAUUGCUGAAUUGAAAUUUCGUGAAUUAUUGACUGAUCCAUUAACGGAUCAAACUUUAAACUUUUUUAAAAAUUAUUUUAAUGAAGAUAUUUCAAUGAAACAAUUUGACGUUACACAAUUUUGUCGUUUAUUUCAAAUAACACCGGUAUUAGGUGAACGAUUAUUAAAAAUUGUUGAACAAGAAACAGCUUACAAUAAAAAUUCGAUUGAUGGUACAAGUGUAUUAAGAAUUGCUCGUCUAUUAUGUGUUGGUACCAUGUCUGUAAAAGCCUUAAUUUUAUUUAAACUAUUUGAUUAUGAUAAUAAUAAUCAAAUAUCGUUAACUGAAAUGAAAACAUUUUAUCAACAAUAUUUAAAAGAAUUUAAAUUUCCAC